AUGGCGAUCAUUAAGUUGCAAUCAUCCGACGGCGAGUUCUUCGAAACCGAUGUAGAAGUUGCCAAGUGCUCCGCCACCAUCAAAACCAUGUUAGAAGAUUGUUGCCUGGACGAUGAUGGCGAAGAAGCCAUUAUACCGUUGCCCAGUGUUAGCUCCAGCAUUUUGAAAUGCUUUUUGCAAUGGGCCAACCACCACAAAGACGAUCCAAUUCCAACCGACGAUGAUAAAACGAAGGAAAAAUGCACCGACGAAAUUUCAUCGUGGGACGCUGAUUUUCUGAUGGUCGACCAAAGCACUUUGUUUGAGAUCAUUGUGGCCGCCAACUACUUGGACACCAAAAGAUUGAUGGCUGCGGCAUGCAAAACGGUUGCAAACAUGAUCAAGGGAAAAUCACCCAAGGAAAUCCGUGAGCAUUUCGACAUUGGGGACGAUUUAACGCCGGAAGAACGAGAAAAGGUUCGCCAGGAAGACGAAUGGUGUAAAGAGAAGUAAAAAGAAAGUGAAAUUCAUAGUUA